AUGCGGCUUAAGAUACCAUCUCAAGUCAAGUUCGUUGAGCAAUGGGUAUCGCCGGGCUGGGACUGCAUUCCAGGCGGAUCCCGGGACGCCAACACCGAGAAAGCGAUAUGGACAAACGAAUUGAUCCAGUUCGCAGUGGACCUCAGUCUGCCCGUGCAGGAGAACUUCUGGCCUCCACCUGGUGUUAAAACCUCCCUCGGGAGUAUUGUCGCUACUUUGGCAUUUUCCGCAAGACAGGAAUAA